ACGGGACAAGUCUCCCACGAGUCAUAAAACCGAAAUCGCUAGAAGCAAAUUCCCCACAGCUUUCCUCCUCCCACCAGACGCCGCAGCCAUGGCUUCUGCCGAAACCCUAGCCCGCUCCCCAUCUCGCGAGCCCUCGUCCGACCCGCCCCGCGAUGCCUCGCGCGACGCCUCCUCCGAGCCCCACCACAACGGCUCAGCCAACGCCGCUGGCGACGGCGACUCGUCCUCCCGCCGCCGCCGCCGCAGCCGAUGGGAGCAGUCCAACGACGAAUCCGGUGCCAAUUCAGGCGGCGAGGGCGGCGCGGGAGGACGGAAGCGGAAGUCGCGCUGGGCCGAGGAGGAGCCCCGCCCGACCAUCGCACUUCCGGAUUUCAUGAAGGACUUCGCCGCCGAGAUGGAUCCCGAGGUGCACAACCUCAACUCGCGCCUCCUAGAGAUUUCGCGCCUGCUGCAGUCGGGGCUCCCCCUCGACGACCGUCCUGAGGGCGCGCGCUCGCCGUCCCCUGAGCCAAUAUACGAUAACCUGGGCAUCCGCAUCAACACCCGCGAAUACCGGGCGAGGGAGCGCCUUAACCGCGAGCGGCAGGAGAUCAUCUCCCAGCUGAUCCGCCGCAAUCCCGCCUUCAAGCCCCCGGCUGAUUACCGCCCACCCAAGCUCCAUAAGAAGCUCUACAUCCCCAUGAAGGAGUACCCUGGGUACAACUUUAUCGGGCUCAUUAUUGGGCCCCGUGGCAACACACAGAAGCGGAUGGAGAAGGAGACGGGGGCCAAGAUCGUAAUCCGAGGGAAGGGCAGCGUCAAGGAAGGGAAGUUGUUGCAGAAGAGGGACUUGAAGCCAGAUCCCAGUGAGAAUGAGGAUCUUCAUGUGCUUGUUGAGGCUGAUACCCAAGAAGCGUUGGAGGCUGCUGCAGGCAUGGUGGAGAAGCUGCUUACCCCUGUGGACGAAGUGCUAAAUGAGCACAAACGGCAGCAGCUGCGGGAGCUUGCAGCCCUGAACGGAACAAUCAGGGACGAUGAGUUUUGUAGGACUUGCGGGGAGCCGGGUCACCGACAGUAUGCAUGCCCGAACAGGACAACAACGUUUAAGAGCGAGGUGCAGUGUAAGAUCUGUGGCGAUGGUGGCCACCCGACAAUUGAUUGUCCAGUGAAGGGCACAUCUGGGAAGAAAAUGGACGAUGAGUACCAGAACUUCCUUGCUGAGCUUGGUGGGAGUGCACCUGAGUCCAUGAACAAGUCUGGUGGUCCGAUGCUGGCUAUAACAGGUGGUAGUGGUGGUGGCGGCGGCGGCAGUGGUAGCAACUCACCCUGGGCUGGGGGUAAUGGUGCAGCAACAACAGGAGCCAACGGGCUCAAGAAGGAUUAUGACGAGACCAAUCUUUAUAUUGGGUACUUGCCACCUAUGUUUGAUGAUUCAGGGCUGAUCAACCUAUUUUCACAAUUUGGGGAGAUUGUUAUGGCAAAGGUUAUAAAGGAUCGCAACACAGGGCAGAGUAAAGGGUAUGGAUUUGUGAAAUAUUCAGAUGUCUCACAGGCUAAUGCAGCUAUUGCUGCAAUGAGUGGUUACCAUCUUGAAGGGAGAACUAUUGCAGUCCGAGUUGCAGGCAAGCCACCACAGCCAGCUGCCCCCCCUGGUCCUCCAGCAGCGCCAGCACCACAGAUGUACCACUCUGCAGAUCCUUCUGCUGGUGGCUACAACUCGCAGCCCUACAUGGGAGGACAUCCACCACCACCAGCUCCUCCAGGUAGCUAUGCUCCAGUUCCUUGGGGACAACCACCACCUUAUGCUUCGUACCCUCCGCCGCCACCACCAGGCAUGUACAAUCCUGCACCUGGCCAAACUGCUCCACAUUCAUAUGGUAUGCAAUACCCACCACCACCAGCUCCAGUACCUCCACCAGGCACUACGUCAAAUGAUGGUGCACAGAACUACCCUCCGGGUGUAACACCACCAAGUUCUGGUGCACCUACCCAGCCUGUCCCUGCUCCAGCAUAUGGGACCUCUGGUGCGCAAAACAUGCCACAUAUGUACCCUCCACCACCUUAUGGUUAUGCCCCAUAUUAUCCAUCUGUCACACCAGUCCAGCCGCCUCCACCACCACCACCAGCAGCUAGUGUUGAUCCUUCACAAAGCAUUGCAACUGCACCUUGGGCCACUCACAACGCACCUCCUCCACCGCCACCGCCGGCUAGUGUUGAUUCCUCGCAGAGCGUUGCAACGGCACCUUGGGCUACCCACAAUGCACCGCCGCCACCACCUUUGCCAUCCUCCAACGACCAGCCCACUCCUCCCUAUGGUGCUGAUGCAGAGUAUGAUAAAUUUAUGUCGGAGAUGAAGUGAUAUGAGCGAAGCUGAGGCACUUCUUUCAACACUGGGAAAGGCUUAAGGUUUCAUGGAGCUAAUGCGAACCUGAUUUAUUUGUUGUUGGAAGUUUGGGACUCAUAUCUUUAACCUUGCUGUGCUGUUAUGACCAUUGCAGACGUUGGAUGGUCGAGGAGGUUAAGCAUUACCGGCUCAUUGGGCAACAUGCAUUUGCUUUAUCUCCGUCUCCAGAACUAUUUGAAGGAACCCUUUACUAAUACUUCCGUUUUGUGUUACUCUUGUCAUAACUUGACAUUUGAUAUUUGUUGUCACUUUAAUGCUCUGUUGGCUGUGAUAUUAAUUUUAUUAUUAUUAUACUCUCACCUGUA